GCGCCAUUUUGAACUGGCUGAGGGUCGGAGGCGGCGGCUGCUGAGCACGGUUCCGCGUCCCCUGAGGGAGAACCCACGAGGAAGGAGCGGAUAUGGCCGCGAAUAGGAACUUGAAGCAAGUGCGGAUCGAAAACAGCUCCCCAGCGGCGCCGCUGGGCAUGGUGGGGGGUGGCGGCGGCGGCGGCAACCUGAAAGGGUUGCGCGGCCUAGAAGCGGAGAGUGAGGCGGCGGCGGCGGCCAUGGCUCUGGCGCCGAGCAAAGAAGGUGGCGGAGAUGAGGAGCAGGAGGUUGGGUUCACCAUCGAUAUCAAGAGCUUUCUCAAACCUGGCGAGAAGAGCUACACGCAGCGUUGCCGGCUGUUCGUGGGGAAUCUGCCUACUGAUAUAACCGAGGAGGAUUUCAAGCGCCUUUUCGAGCGCUACGGGGAGCCCAGCGAGGUCUUCAUCAAUCGGGACCGUGGCUUCGGCUUCAUCCGCCUGGAAUCUAGGACCCUGGCUGAAAUAGCAAAGGCAGAACUUGAUGGUACUAUUUUGAAGAGCAGACCACUUCGAAUUCGAUUUGCUACCCAUGGAGCUGCUUUAACUGUGAAGAAUCUGUCACCUGUGGUUUCCAAUGAGCUGCUGGAACAAGCAUUCUCGCAAUUCGGGCCGGUGGAAAGAGCAGUCGUUGUAGUAGAUGAUCGUGGCAGAGCUACAGGGAAAGGUUUCGUAGAAUUUGCAGCAAAGCCUCCAGCACGGAAAGCUCUGGAAAGAUGCAGUGAUGGGGCAUUCUUGCUUACAACAACACCUCGACCAGUUGUUGUAGAACCAAUGGAGCAAUUUGAUGAUGAGGAUGGACUCCCAGAGAAACUAAUGCAAAAAACACAACAAUACCACAAGGAAAGAGAACAGCCUCCACGCUUUGCUCAGCCUGGAACAUUUGAGUUUGAGUAUGCUUCACGGUGGAAGGCUCUUGAUGAGAUGGAAAAGCAGCAGCGUGAACAGGUUGACAGGAACAUUAGAGAAGCCAAAGAGAAGCUAGAGGCAGAAAUGGAAGCAGCUAGACACGAGCAUCAGCUAAUGCUGAUGAGGCAAGAUCUCAUGCGUCGUCAGGAAGAAUUGAGGCGUUUGGAAGAACUUCGAAACCAAGAACUUCAAAAACGCAAGCAGAUACAAUUGAGACAUGAAGAAGAGCACAGACGUCGUGAAGAAGAGAUGCUACGCCAGAGGGAACAGGAGGAAUUACGACGACAGCAGGAGGGAGGAUUUAAGCCAAAUUUCAUGGACAAUAGAGAACAGGAAAUGAGAAUGGGUGAUAUGGGUCCUCGUGGAGCAAUAAACAUGGGAGAUGCGUUUAGCCCAGCACCUGCUGGUAACCAAGGCCCUCCUCCAAUGAUGGGUAUGAAUAUGAACAACAGAGGAACUUUACCUGGCCCUGCAAUGGGUCCUGGUCCUUCCAUGGGACCAGAAGGAGCUGCAAAUAUGGGAACACCAAUGAUGCCAGAUAAUGGAACAGUGGACUUGAUUUUGUCGCUGAAUACAGCAACUGUAUAGAGCAUGUACACACCAUGUAAGUAUGAAACAGCUGGUAUUAAGGUCAUUAGCCUCUCAUCAAACCAGUGAGAAUCCAGUCUUACACCUGUGUGCAUCAUAGACAGAGAAGCGCCAAACAGAAGACCAUGGUAAAGAAAAAUUAAAUAGUACAUAUCUAUUAGCAGUGAUGGGAUGGGAUGAAGGUAUUUUCAUUAAUUUUUUGCUUUAAUUCACUGUAAUCAAUUUCUUGUAUGACAGGGAAACUAAUUUUAUUAUCAGUUAGUACUUGAAAGAAAAAAAUCCCCACUAAAACAGAACACCUCUCCCAAAGAAAUCCCCAAGCCCAAAAUACCUCAGUGUACAACCCAACCCCAAGCAAAACAUGUUUUCCCACUUUAAAUAACCGUAUAUACUUAAGCAAGGUGGAAGACAAAAUAAAUCUAAAAAGAUGUAAAAAACACAAGGGUUUACUGUAUUUAUUUUUGCAUCUGUUAGCUCUUGAUGAUCUGUUCAUUUUAAUGUGUUGCUUUUUAAAAAAACAUGUUCCAUAACUGUUCAUUAUUUGCUAUAAAAGGAUUUAUUUUACUAAAUUUAUUUAUUGUUACUGAAUUUUAAAUAUUUUUAUAUAGUGUAAAAUUGCACAAAAAACCACUGCAUAAACCAGCUAUUGCAGUACUAUAGAAUGCAGUCUUUGAACUGCUAGCUGAAUUGAUUUUUCAGGCUGCAUACAAAUGUUUUAAAUAUUUGUAUGCUAAUGGGAAUUAGAAAUAUUUGUGUGCAUAUUUAAAAUAAUCCAGUAUAUGCAUUGCUGCAGAUAUGAAUAGCCUUUUGCCCUCCUUGCUGCUUGGUCCUGCUUCCUCUGUGUCCUCCUUGCAUCCCUGUGCCCAAGCAGUGAGCAGGUAAAGGAGACUCAGUGAGAAUAAUCAAUUCUGCUCAUUUCAGUGUGGAAGGAGAGAAGAGCAAGGAGGGGCAGUAGGGCAAGACUCUUCAUAACUGUGCAUACAUAGGGCAUAGGGUAAUUGGCGGUGUAGACACAGAACGUAGUUUUAUCUACGUUCUCAUUAAGUGAGUUUGGAAGAAAUACAUAACCUAGAACAAAUGGGUAAGAAGCAUGUUGAGGGCUCUGGAUGUCUGAAUAACACGGUUAUGGUUUACAUUCUUGGUGAUAGCUGGUCCAAGAGGGGCGAGUAUUUCAAGUCAUGAAGAAAAAAAUGUACACUAAAAUGUUGAGCCAAAUUUUAUGUGAGCUUGAUCUGUCUGUUCACUUUCUGCAGUUACCAAGAAGGUUACAUGCAAGCCAGUAAAAUAUGGAAAAUAGUGUUCUUCGUGAUUUCUCCAGGAGAGAUGAUAUACACAGUUGCUUUAAAGAAGCAAGACUAUUCACAUGUACUUUUCCUUGGAAGAAAAUAUAUAAACUGCCAUUACAAAGAUGGGAAAUACUGUCUUUUAAAGUGCUAACAUUCUUCAUUCUUUGACAUAAUAGCGCUGUGUCGUUCCAUAUAUUAUGUUCUGCUUUUAAGGGGGAGAGCAUGUGAAAGGUAAGCCCCAGCUCCAGUUUUAAUCAACUUCAAAUAGAAAGCUUUUUCCAGAAGGCACAGAAGGGAACCUGUAAUAAUGAAACAGUAGUUCAUCUUCAGUUUUGUUCCGGUGUGGAACAUUGUGUUUCUAGAACUUCCAGCAUUGUACCGGUAGCAGUUCCACAUCUAACAUUUUCAGAACCAGAGCUGUGCCAAAUCAUACAAAUAAAGUUUUUGCCUUAGUGUGUGAAGAGUGCAAUUACUGCAAUUCAAAAAUGGAAUGUUCAGACUUUUGAAAGAAAAUGUAUGAAAGAAUUGUCAUAUAUUAAAGUGAUGGUUUAAAGGUGAAAAUUGUAAACUUGGCAGCAGGGAUGGCUAUGCUUCUAAAAUUAUUUUGGGAUAUGUGUCAGUUGAUCAUUGCCAUGUUAUACUUUGUGUAGUUUUUUGUAAUACCACUUAAUGCAUGUUUGGCAUCAUUCUUCCAUCACACUUGUGUAGUUUCAUAUAUUAUUAACACUGAUGAAUGCAACUGUCUAUAGAUGGGGGGUACCAGAGCAUUUGUUUCGUAUUAUGUAACUUGUUUAGGAGGGGUUUUCAUUGCUAAACUUGUUUUCUGUCUUGUGUUUACUCUGCAUGUUCUGAGCAAAAUACACUUUUUCUACUUAUAUGGGGAAAAAGUAGCAAGUCAUGAAAAAGUGUUUUUUUAGGAAUGUAAAUGGAAGUCCUGGAUGCUUCUUACUGCUUCUAAAAUGACAGCUGUCUAGGAGAAUGAAAUCACUUGGUAUACUUUCUGCUUUAUUAUUCUAGACUUCGUCCUGCUUACAGCACACACUUCAGAAUCAUUAUUCAAGGUUAAAAUACCCCGAAGUUGAAUUUCUGUCUGGUUUUAAUCCUGUGUGUGUACAAGACAGUAAAUGAAACACAAAUGUCUUGAUGUUUGCUCUGAAUAGUACUCUUAAUUACCCACAUAAAGAAAAAUAAUUAGUUUGAGUUUCAUAAUUUUAAAAUAUUUAAUUAGCCAGUCCUCUGGUGGUGGGCUGGGGAAAGCACAGAUUUGUGGAGAAAUCAUGCUCUUGUUUUCAGUUGCAUUAUGUUCCUGGGCAUGCAUUUUUUACUCUUUACAUUGGGAGCAUUUGUUACAAAGAUUAAACAAGAAAUAUAAUUUGUUGUAUUUUAUCCAAUUAUAAGUAUUAGUUCAUUGUUACAUUGUAAAAAUAGAAUAAGUUAGUUUAGGCAAUUUUGCUUUACUGGAGGUCAUGGCAUGUAGCAUAAGUAUCAGAAAUAGGGUAGUUCAAGUGUUAGUAGUUACUGAUAAUAUGUUGUGCCUUUAAGCCUGGUUGGAUAAAACCUGAUACAUAUUGAGCAUAACGAUGUUUUAAAACUCAGUGCCCAGAACCCUGAUGCUGCACUUGCAUUUCUGCUUUAUUGCUGUGGUAGUCGCAAAAGUACUCACAGGUUUGAAAGAGUUCAUCUAGAUAUAUGGGAGAGGGUAAAGGAUUGAUUAUUGUAUGUUGCUUGAUUCUUGAGGUCUUGCGUGGGAAAACUGGUAUUGUAGAAUCUUCUUUAUAUGAUUGCUUAAAAAUCUACUGUAUUUUUUUAAACUGCCUUGUAUAUUUAAAACUGUCCAGUGUGAAGGAAGCCAAAUGGUGUAUCUUUAAAGAAUGUGGGAAAACUAUUUUACUAGACGUCUUGAGCUCUAAAUCUUUUACCAGUUUGACACUGAGGACAUGGUGUCUUAACUGUAACCUUAUGCUACAAUUAUGGUGGAAAUUGUGCAAGCUUCUGCCAAGCUUUAGAAGUGAAGUGAGGAUUUAAGGUGCCAUACUGACUGUAGGAUUGGGCCAAAUCAUUUGUAUUUGACGCUUGUCACUGGCUUGCUCUGGUUACCCUAAUCCAUUCCUUUUAGGAUUUUGUUUCCUUUUCUGUAUUCUAGGUUUUCUUUUGUUGUAAAAGGCUUUUAAGUUUUCCUGAUGAUGUAGAAGAUAUGAGCUGUAUGAAACUUUAUUUGGGGGUUCUAACACUAAAUAUGAUGGAAAUGGUUUAAAGGAAAGGAAAGAUGUUAGAUGCACAGUAAAAACCGGUUCUUUCUAUGAUGUGACAAGUUGUUACAUACCUUUUCAUAUGUGUUUUGUUAGCAUGUAUCAUGUAUGUAUGCUUAACCCGUUGUGUCUUUAAAAAGAAUUUUUUGUCUCUCUAAGCAGGGGGGGAAAGAAUCUGUUCUGGAUUAAUUCAAUUUCAUAGUUUCACUUUUGUUUAAGUACACAAUAAUUAAGUGACAGAGAGUACACGAGAGCUUAAUAGAUAGUUAACCUUUCUGAACUCACAGAUGUGUGCAAAUACUAAUGCAGAAAAGUAAAAGUAGAUAAGUGCUCUUCAUGGAUUUACAGAGGGGGGAGAUACUAUUGUGGAAAAGCAGGAAGAUGUGGUUUGAUCUCAUGUUUCAAUUUGCAGCUUUUAAGAAUUUGGGAACUACCAUAGAAUUAAAACCCCCAAAUAUGACUCUUAUAAACUUCAUCUAAAAUUCUUAAAUGUUGUUUCAGAGUUCUGCUAUAAACAAAACUAGUUCAAUGUAAACAUUCAAAUAAAAUACAUGCUUUAAUGGAAAAAGUAAUUCUGAAAGCCUGUGUUUUAUUAAGAUGACUAGUGUUAUUUGGAAAGUUAGGUGUAUUUUCUUGUAUCUUUACUUUUAACUGCAUAACCUUAAAGGAACAGAGGUGAAAUUAAUGACAUGCAGGGAAAGGCUAAAUAUGCAGGACAAAAUUUCCUGGGAAAGGACUGAAGUUCAAAUAUGUAUAACUUACAUAGCAGUGCUUCCAGUAAAGAACUUCUGUUAUGAGUUUAGAGAGCUCCUGCUUAGAAACAGGUGCUGCCCAAAUCUGGUCCUGCUCUUAUUGCAGGAAGAUGUCAUCUUUGCCUUGAUUGUGACAAACCAAGAACAGGAUUAUCAGGAUGUAAGUUUAUGAAGAACAUAAUUAUCUUGCCACAGUCAUAAAUCUGAAUGGUUGAAGAGUCAGCCAGCAUCUUCAGAUAAGCUUGUUUGCUGAGUGGGUAUGUGUACAGCUGCAUGAUUGUUACAGCCUUUCCAGGACUUGGAAUAUGCCUUUGGUUGUUUCAGCAGUUGCUUCAUGUGCCUCAGUUAAUGAAGUUCAUUUAUGGCUACAAGGAUGCUUUUCAAAGUCUUCAUCUUUUCUGCUUAGCAAAUUCUCUUGGACAGUGACAUCCACCGCAGUUGUGGGUUGAGAGUGGUGCCGUCAUGGGGUGCUUAAAUCAGCAUUUGCUCCUAUCAGCUGCAGUUGCCUUAGUUUAUACCUGUUCAGUCAUUACAGUGCACUUCCAAACAUUACUUUUCAUUAAUUGAAUUUGUAUUCUCAGUGAGGUAUUGAUCUGAGCAAGUUUGAGUAGAAACUUAAGAAAAUACAGUCUAGUUACAUUUGUACUGUCAAUGACACAAAUUCCUUUAAUAAUUCCAGGUGUGUUACAGAAAAUUAAUCUCUUGGAUGGUUCUGAUUCCCUAAUUUUGUAAUAAAGAUACUCAGAUUUUGUUCUGCUUCCAUUUUCUGAGGUUCAUCUUUAAACUGUUUGGACAUCUGCAUUUAUUUUAGCUUUCACAGCUUGAUGUAAACUAGAGUCACUCAAACUUUAUGCAUAAAUGUGUCCUGUCAGAGCAUACUGAUCAGUCAGGUGCUGAUCAGAUGUAAGAUUUUGCAGAGCCCAGAAUGAAAGUAAGUUGACCAAAAUAAGUUGUUAAAUAAGAUGGAAGUAAAGUUACAAGAAGACAAGAACAAGAUUGAUUAGAAUAGGAGAGGAAACAGCUCUGAAGGUAGUCUGUAAAAAGUAGUGCAAAAGAAUCUGAUAACGAGUACAUGUUCUGUUAACCUUUUAAAGAAAUGGAUGCAUCAGGAUGUAGAACUUCAGUUUGAAAUGCAGAUUUCUUUGGAGAAGCUACUGCUUGCUUAAGUGGAGUUUGUUUUUCAAGACAUUGCAAGUAAUGUUUGUAGUGUAUUAGAACGGAUGUUUUUUACUUGUGUACAUCAAAGGUCACAAACAGGUAACUGAAGUAACAGCUUUUAUGUUUGUAGCCAUUUUCUCAUUAAUGUGUUGAUAUUUACAAAUUUGGCACCUGAGAUAAUUUUGAUAGCUUGUUUGUAAAUUAGUGGUUUUAAUGUGAGAGUUACAGUGCGAGCUUGCACUUCAAAAUCUGAAUGAGCCAUGAUGAAAAACAGUACCAACAAUCAAUCUCUUUAAUUAAAAAUAUUUAGUUUUGAAUAUGAUUCCAAGUUACUGCCUUUGUAUAUAAGAUGAUAUCAAAAGGGAGUUCCCCACUUCUCACGAUGUGGUCUUGGCCUAGUCCUGUGCAAAGAAGUGUCACCGCUGAGGCCUUUACUUUGCUCUCAAGUGAAGAAAAUGAUAACCAACUAGAGUGUCUUUAUGGGAGGGUAUAUGGUGGAAUGGUUAAUAGUGUUCCUAACACUCACUAAGAUGCCUGAUCUGUUAUUCAGACUUGAAAUUAUUUCUAAUAUAGAGCUUUUCAGUCCUCUUUGUUACAUGUUAGUAGGUAUUUCUUUUGCUCUACAUAUGACUGCUGAGCUUAAAGCUUUUUAAAAAAUGUUUGAUAUUAACUUAGAAAGCUGUUUCACUUUGGGUAGGAAGAAUAGCUUUAUCUUGCAGGUAGUAGUGACUUUACUAAAAUAAGGAAUGCUGUACAUAGAAUUUACAGCAUUCUAUGGUACUAUAAAGCUGAAAUAAAUCCCGAUAGUGCAGCUUUAGCAAUAUGUCCAGUUGUGCAAGGAAAGGACAAAAAGCCAAGUUUGAGUCCCAGCUUGCCAAGCAAUGAAGCUUGUACAACAGUUGCAAAUAGAGAAAUUGUUCCUUUAUUCAACAUUGCUUUGUGGGUUUUUUGAUAAACAGGUAAGUCUAUGUCAGUAUAGCAGUAUGUGGUAGAGCAUUUGCAGGUUACCCUGCAGUUUAUUAAUGCUGUUUGUUGUCUUUGUCUUGAAAUACAGGUUCUGUUUCCUGUGUAUUUCAAAUCUAAUGUAAGAUUUUCUGUUCUCUACCAAAUACAGUUUUAUUAUGGUGGAAGCCAGAAGUUGGUAUUCUGCAUUUGUUAUAAAGUAAUCUGAGAUGGAAGUUGUCACCCAGUAGAGUUAGUACAGGAAGGAAAUUACUUAAUUGCACAAAGAAUCACAGAUCUUUUGACAGGACCAGAGACAACAGGUA